AUCGUUUGAAGAAUGGACUGAACAACUAUGAGAUAAUGUCAAAAACACAGGCUCCUAACAAGGAGAUUAGCGGGCAGAUAGAAAAAAGUGAACUUCUUGAGCGACUAAAGGCUUGGGCUGCAUUUUUAUCUGAGAUCGACCAAGAAGAAGACAAAAGCGAACUAGAACAGAUCUGUGCCAGUUUGGUGUCACCCGACUUACUUCAAUACGAGGAUGCGGAUGUGAAACUAUUUGUGGCAUGCUGUGCUGCUGAUGUACUUAGGAUUUAUGCUCCGGAAGCUCCGUAUGCAGAUGAACAGCUUAAGGAAAUAUUCAUGAUGUUCGUAGAACAGUUGCGUGGACUGGAGGACAUAGAAGGAAAGAGCUUCAAACGAUACUUUUACCUGUUGGAGAACUUGGCGUGUGUCAAGACUUUUAUCCUCUGUAUGGAACUUGAUGCUCCCGAUAUUAUUCUCAGCUUGUUUAGAACAUUCUUUCAGAUAUUCAAUGACCGACACGUUGGAAAGGUACAGACAUUCAUGGUUGACAUCAUGAUGACCGUCAUGCAGGAAGGAGACAGCAUUCCACAGGAUGUAAUGGAUAUAAUCCUGAUGCACAUAAUCCAACCCUACAAAUCCCGCAAACCUGCCGCUCACAGACUCGCUAAGGAGCUCAUCAACAAAAGUGCUACUUAUAUGGAGCCCAACAUCCAGAAGUUCUUUAAUGCCGCGUUAAUGAAGGGAAUUGAAACUGAUUCUGGUCUACACAGUCGAGUGUACGAUCUGAUCAAGGAACUGAACAGAGUUUGUCCGAGUAUUCUCCUCGCAGUUUUACCUCAGCUACAAGAGAAACUGAAGAGUAGUGAUGUUAACGAAAGAUUAGAGGUUACCAGGUUGCUUGCGGAGAUGUUUUCAGAUAAAGGUUCAGAGCUGGCAACCCAAAACAAACAACUGUGGAACUGUUUUUUGCGCAGAUUUAACGACAUAGAGGCUGCUGUCCGGGCUGAGUGUGUCAGCACUUGUAAAAACUUCAUCCUCAACCAUUUGAAACUUAGCGAUGAUUGCUACACAAACCUUUGUAAGCGACACAGAGAUCCUGAUGAGAAAGUGAGACUCGAAGCUGUAAAAGUUGUGUACGCUAUCGCUUCCGAUGAUAUCACCAGAAUGACUCCUGAGCUAUUCAUGAUAUUGCAGGAACGGAUGCUGGACAAGAAAUGGCCUAUCCGACAUCAAGCCAUCAUGAAUGUUGCUCGACUGUACAAAGAAAUUAACAGUAAGAAGGACCCUAGUAAGAUAAAGCAAGUAGCUUGGAUGCCCAACAAAGUUCUUCAUACUUAUUAUCAAAACACGAGCCAGGAUCGUUUACUAGUGGAACGUCUCCUGUUAUCCUGCUUGGUUCCUGUCAGUUUGGGAGCUAAGGACAGGAUGAACAUUCUCCUCAGAACGUAUUGCCUGUUGGACGCCGCCGCAAUCAAAGCGCUAAACGAGUUGUUGCGAUAUCAGCAGACAAUCAGAAUGCAUCUAGCUGCACUGCUCAAAGCUAUUGAGCAAGGAAUUGGCGAAGAAGACCGUAAGAAGCUGUUGAACCAAGUUAGCAUGUUGUCUAAAUCCCUUCCUGAUUCAAAGACAGCUAACAGUGACUUAAAACGCCUCAGUAACACACUUGUCCACGACAGGUCUCUUCUCAAGGCAUUCCAGACGAUAGUAACACCGGGGGUUUCUUGCCAGCAAGUAGCUCGUGCUGUCAGCGAAAUAAUGAAGAAACUAACCAACAAAAACCCCAUCAUGGAUACAAUCCGAGCACUGAUGGACAGGACGGCGCCGGUUUUGGCUGAUGCAACUUGUAUUACUGUGUUAGUUAACUUGGUUUCACAGCUGCUCACUGCUCCUACAGAUGCAGAGAGUGACGAUGAGGACAAGUUCAAUGUGUUUAUCAACGGACAGAAGGGUCUUCACUUGAUACUGUCACUAGCUACUGUGUACCCGGGACAGUUCAAAGCACAAGAAGUAUUCGAGCAACUUUUGGUUAACUUGAAAAACGCUGAUAAUGAAGUCGUCCUGAUGGAUCUCAAGAUCCUCGCUAAAACUGCUCAAGGGCUAGACAGAAGGCAUGCAAGUGUGGCGGGAUGUUUGCAACCACAGCUCCUCAAGAUAGCCAAGGAGGGUACACCCAAACAGGCCAAGCAAGCUGUUCAGGUUAUCCAUGCUGUCUAUCAGGAUAGUCCUAAAGUUCUGGAAAGACUUUUAGAGUCGAUGGUGGGAUUGUUGGACCCUACUCACAUGAACCUCCCAUCAAUCGUCAAGGCUAUCGCUCAGAUCGCAAAAGUUGCUCCUAAAAUAUUCGAGGAAUUUAGCAGAGAUGUCGUCAGAGACUUUUUGCUUUCCGAGAUUCUGACUCAAGACAGAGAAGAGGAGGGGCUGAUUGAGGAUGACUUUUGGUGUGAGCAGGAGGAACUUUCUAAAGAUGCUAGAGUGAAGAUAGAAGGUCUGCAUGUGAUGGUUAACUGGGUAGCUCAGACUGCGGGUGAUAAGACGGUUAUCUCAACUCCUGUAUUGAAGCUACUUUGGGCGCUCCUCCAACAGAAGGGGGACAUGAAUGGAAACAGCGAAAUUAGACUUUGUUCGAUGUCUCACUUACGUCUCCACGCUGGACUCUGUGUCUUGAAGCUAGCAGCCGAGCCGACCUGCUUUGACUUGAUACCUCUGGAGCUGUUCCAAGAGGUAGCCUGGCUUAUACAGGACCCAUGCCCUCAAGUCAAACAAGCUAUGCUGAACAAGCUACAGAAAGGUCUGACUUCAAUGAAGCUGCCACUGGAAUACGUUGCUCUCCUAGCUUUCUACGCUACUGAUGUGGGCAAAGAACGCCGUUCUAAAGCCAGACAGAUAUUGUUGAGAGUAAUUCAGCUGAGGAGAGAGUACAUGGUCAUGAACUCAAGUAACUCUGAGAGAAACCACACGGUACUGCCAGAGUACGCCCUCCCCACUCUCAUACAUCUCCUAGCCCACCAUCCAAACAUGGACAACGACAACAAAGACUCCCUCAAAUCUUCUCUAGAUGUGUUAUGGUGGUUCCUGGAACCCUUGAUGCAGAAGAACGACAAUUUCCCCUUCCUCAAAAAGCUUGUCGAGACUGUCAAACAAGCCGUGGACGCUAUUGAUCCUUUCAACGAUACCAUCAAUGAACGAAUGUAUGCUAUCUGUGACUUAGCGUUCGGAGUCAUCAACUGCAAAUGUGCAAACGUUAAGCUCCCACCCUUCCCUGGUGAAGUGAAGCUCUCCAAGAAAUUCUUUGCUCCACCUGAAAAACUGGUACCCAACAUCAAACAGUAUAUCCCUGAAAAGUUCGAUUUUAACCCGCAUCGAGUACCAGUAGCAGUGGAAAUGGAGAUAGACCACCCGACUGUGAAAGCUAGACACAUCGUGGCGGCUGAAACGGCACUUACGAAAAUCAGCAAGAGAAAGUUUACAAGGAAGACGCCAAAGAGUAGGAAGAAGUCAGUUUCUGAUGAAGAAGACGAUCCUACACAGGUAGCAGCAGACGACUGGAUUGAUGAUCUGACUCAAGAGGGAGAUGAUGAAGAUGUGGAGAUGAAAGAUAUCGAAGGAGAUAAAACCCCAGACAAAGCAGAGAAAACCACAGAGGAGGAAGAAGAACAACCUGAUUUGGAAGAGGAAAAGAAAGAUGAUGAGACAUUCGAAACAGCAGGAGAUGUAGCCGAACUCACCUCGCCGGAAGUGGCUAAGAAAAAUGAUGACAAACCCAAACUUACUAAAACCGGAAAAACAUUUAAACCGAAAGCUAAGGCACCUAAGCCUGAAAAAGCUGUUAAAGCUGUUAAACCAGCAAAAGUGAAGCAGAAGAAGAUAGUGUCUCCCAUUAAACCAACUAUAACACCAAAAACACCCAAACUUGCCAUCAAGAAACAGCCCAUCAAAUUUUACCGAGCUGAGCUGUUCCCUGAACCAGAAAUGCCUAAACCUAAACCCAUCAAGGAUGACGGUAAACCUCAGAAAAUCCUUAGGAUUAAAGUGAACAAGUCCAAAAAAGGUAACGUCAACGCUAAAGAAGUCAUCAAGAAGUCCUUCAACACCAUGUACGAUCAGCUGAUAAAGAACAUGUACGACCCAAUGCCAUACCACAAAAGGAAAUCCCCAUCACCGGAACGAGCUGUAAAACUACCAGAAAAGCGUCUUACUCUGGUGAGCACAAGACAUCAGAAGAAGAUCGGCCUUGACAAAGUAGAUCUGGGCCAAUCUCCUGUCAUUCUGAUGUCCAGUACUCCCGUCAGCGAGCCCACCAAGAAGAGAAGGAAGAACGACAUUCGGUCGUUCCUGGACCCGAACAAGUUUAAUACUCCGACCUCGAGUAAGAGAAGAGUGGAGAAAAGAAGGUACAGACUCCGAGCAUGGCCUCUUCUUCCGGACAAAAUAGUGGCAAAGAAAAGAGGAAGACCCGCCAAAGUGAAGAAAUCCUCUGAUUUAGACGAUGAGGAAGAAGCAACUGAGGAAGAGGCUCCUACCGAAAGUGCUGAAGAUGCUGGUAACAAAGAGAUUCAGCCCCAAGAAACUGAUGCUUCUAUUGAAGAAGAUUUACCGCAAAUGUAUGCUGCCUCUACUGAAGAAGAUUCACCGCCAGAAUCUGCUGUCCCUUCAAAAGAUGAUUUAUCACAAGAGUCUGCUGCCUCUAUUGAAGAUGAUUUACCACCUAGUCUUACCACCGUGGAUGAAGUUUCCAGCCAAUCCCAGGAAAGUUCAGAUACGCCUGUCAGCAAAGAUGUGGAGGAGGAUAGAGGGCAAAUAGAUGAGGGAAGCAAGAAACCCUCCGAACCGACCUCUACAAGUAUAACCGAUGGAGCCAAAGCAGUUCCCGAGGUAAUGAAAGAGCCUGUUAUUGAAGAGCCUGUUAUUGAAGAGGAAGUUAUUGAAGAGGAAGGCUUAGUUAAACUUGUGGAAGAAAAUAUCGAAGAAAAUGAAUAUGAGAAGACAGAAAACCUUUUGGAUGAAAAUAAGGAAGAAAAUGAGGUAGAGUUGGUAACUGAAGAAGAAGAAGAAGUGGUAGAAGAAGUGAUCGAAGAAGAAAUAGUGGAGGAGAUAAUCGAGGAAUCUGUAGAAGAAUCACAAACCGAAGAAGAGGAAGCUACAGAAGAAGAGGCUGAAGAAGAAAAUGUGGCGGAAAAACAGCCAUUGAAGAAAAGACGAGGUCGGGCAAAAAAAGUGGUCAUUGAAGAAUUUGAAGAAGUUGAAGAGGCGGCUGUUAUGCUGGUAGAAGAAACUGACGAAGAAUCGGAUGAAGAGGAGGAGGAGGAAGAGGAGGAGGAGGAUGAUGAUGGACCACCACUCUUACCAGUAGGCGAUGAUGAUGACUCUUCCUCUGACGAGGAAACAGUUACGAAGAAGAAGCCUGCUGGUCGUGGAAGGGGUGCCACUGCCAACAAGAAGAGCCAUCCUGUUGCGAAGAAGAGUCACCCUGUCGCCAAAAAGAGCCAGCCUGUUGCUAAAAAGGGCAAAUUUGGCGCCAAAAAGAACAAGCCUUUCGCCAAAAAGAACCACCCAACUACGAGUCGCGUUAUUUCCGAACCCGAAGAAGAAUCGUCCCCUGUAGUCAGAAAGAAACCCAGAUCUUAUGCACGAGAGCCUCUCGUAUCAAAGAAGAAGGUUGCGCCAAGAAAUCCUGCCAAACCCCCUCCUCUGGCAAACAUUGAAGCGAAAAUAAUCUCUGAAUUCACCGAAGAAGAGCCCUCGUUUGUGGAAGAAGUUGUUGAAGAGGAAGUUAUCUCAGAUGCUGACCGAAAACGGAAGAGAAAAGUCGAGAAGGAAAAUGUCAUAGAGACUACAAAAAACAAGAUAAAAGUAGUUCCAACUUUACCAGUCGCAGAGGCCUCCAUGGAGGAAAUGGAACCGGAAAUAAAGAUUAAACGGAGAAGAACGCUUCGACGGAUGGACACGUGAUAUUAUCUAAUGGGCUAAUGAGAUAGUCUAAAUCAUCGGUAUUUUGAUCAGCAGUGGAACCUUAAAAGGAAUCAGACGUUUUGCCUGCAGCUCAAAGUUAUUUCAGAACGAAGUUUUCAGCGAAGUACGAAUUUCUACUCGUCCUUUUUACGUUGAAUUUUUAAAUAUUCAAAUUGGUAAUUUUACAUUUUAAGUAUACGUAUGUGAAUAAAAUAAGGUAAUAAGAUCAUCUCCUUAGACCUGGUUCUUUUCUGGAUUUGUUUUGAAACAUUUCAACAUUCUUAAAAAUAUUCACUAAUGUUUUAGCUCAUCAAGUUAUUUGAAUUUUGAUAACGUGGUGUGUGAUGUUAUUUGAAACUGUCCUGCACGAAAACUAUUUAACUUAUAUACUGCAAAUAAAGUUGGUUUUCAUCCAUCAUAACAAUUUUAUAAUUCUCCGCACAUAGCUUAUUUAAGAAAAGAAAGUGAAUAUGUUAUUUUCUCAUUUUAACCUGAUCUUGUAACUGUAAGUCGAUGUAUUUGAUUUAGAGGAUUGUUUAGUUUUAUGUUAGGUUCGCAGUUAAAUAUGUCAUGACCCGUUCGAAAAGUAACAUUGUAAUUUAAA